UCGCGCACAGGAAAGACGGGAGCAGCUACUAGCUAGAGUGGUCAGCAAUGGCGCAGCUGAGAGCACCCACCGACGAGCAGCGGCAGGAGGAGGCGCUGCACGGCGAGAAGGACGACGUCGUCGUCGCCGCAGGCGGCAGCGAGAGCAACAAGAAGGCGCGCGCGGGGCUAUGCGGCGUGCUCCGGGAGCGCAAGGUGGUGGACCUGGCGCGCGCCAAGCGCCGGCUGGUGGAGGUCCCCUACACCGCGACGCUGGCGCACACGGCGAACGCGCUCCUCGCGGCGCGCGUCUCCGCGGUCGCCGUGGCCGCGCCGCCGGGCCACUGGAUCGGCGCCGGCGGGUCCAUGAUCCUCGAGUCCGACCCGGCCACCGGCGCCGUCCGCAAGCACUACAUCGGCAUGGUCAACAUGCUCGACAUCCUCGUCCACAUCGCCGAGGCCAGCGACGAGGCCGAGGCCGACGACGAGGCGGUCGACCUCGACCGCCGCAUGGCCGUCCCGGUGUCCUCCGUCAUCGGCCACUCCCUCGAGGGCCUCACCCUCUGGACGCUCCAUCCCAACACCAGCGUGCUGGACUGCAUGGAGACGUUCAGCAAGGGGGUGCACCGGACGCUGGUGCCGCUGGAGAGCUCGGCGGACAACGUGGUGGCGGUGGAGCUCGUGGAGUCCGCGCCGGGGUACCGGAUGGUCACCCAGAUGGACGUGGUGAGGUUCCUCCGGGCGCACGGCGCUGAGCUCAAGGGCGUGCUGUCGCGCACCGUGCGCGAGCUCGGCGCCGUGAGCGAGGCCGUGUUCGCGGUCGCGAGCGGCGCCAGGGUGAUCGACGCCAUCAAGGCGAUGCGCGCGGCGUCGCUCACCGCCGUGCCCGUCGUGGACGCCGCCGCCGGCGGCGAGGAGACCCUGCAGGACGGGAUGGGGAAGAAGGCGAUCGAGACGUUCUCGGCGACGGACCUGCGCGGCUGCCCGGUGGCGCGGCUGCAGCCGUGGCUGGGGAUCAGCGUGACGGAGUUCAAGAGGAAGGUGGCCGAGUACCGGGCGAGCAACAAGCCCGUCGUCCCCGGCGCCGACGCCACGGACACCGGCGUCCCGACCGCCGCCGACGACGCCGACACCCCCGCGGCGGCUGCCGUUGCCACCGAUGAAGAACAGAGCGACGAGCAGCCGCUGGUGACGUGCUCCCUGGAGAGCACCCUCGGCGAGGCGAUCGAGGCGGCGGCCACGAGGCACGUGCACCGGCUGUGGGCGGUGGACGAGGAAGGGCUGCUGCGCGGGGUCGUGUCGCUGACCGACGUCCUCCGGGCGGUGAGGGAGGCCGCGCUCGGCGAGGACCGGGAUCUCCACAGCAUCGUGUCGUCCUAAAGUUGGCAUUGGAGACUUGGAGUUGGAGUGCUUCUGUCCUUAGUGUGAAAAGAUAAAAUGUUGUUUGACUUUUCCCCUCGUGUUCGUCGGC